CGCAUUCGCGAUUAUUACUUGGCUCAUUCUUAUGCCAAUGCACUUUUUUAAUGUCAGAAUAAGGAUAAGAAUAUACUGAUUUACGAUUCCUUCUUCUCUCAUCAUUCUCGACAUUCUCCAAGUCCGUUCUCCUCCAAGGCGUCAAAUUUCACGUCGUUCAACUUUUAAAUAUUUGCAUAACAAUAUGCAUCUGUCGUGAUACAAUGCGAUGGGGUCAUUUACUUACUUUAUUCUGAGAUUAAUCGCACAUCGGGAGAAUUUCGGCGAUGGUUUUUGAACAGGAGGAUUCGCGGCGGUAAAGACGGUUGGUCGACGGUCCGUGAGAUGGCGACGUACUGACCGGCGCCGGGCGUCGUACCGGCGGCAGUCUCGGGGACGACGCCGUCGCCGCCACGUGGGGAGUGAAUUUGAAUCGGCCGCCACCGGCUCGGCUUUGCUGUUCCACCGUGUCGGCGCGAUCGUUUGCAUCAUCGCUCGUUCCGCGCGGAACGUCAGUUUCGCGCGCGAGUACCGCAUCAGACAAAGAAGCGGAACUCCGAUAAAAAGACUGUCUUAAAGCGGCAUUAACCAGCGGCGAUCUCGAAGAGUGACUCGUGGAGAGCCUCUCCUGGCUGGAGCUGGGGGAGGGGUGCGCGGUGCGCGAAGAGAGAACGGAAACGUCAACUCGAAGCCACAAGGAAGAAAGGGAGAAUCAUCCUCGCGAAGAAUCACCCUCGGACCAUCGACGGAAGCGUCUAUAAUAAUCGCCGGGAAGCUCGCGUUGAUCAAAGAUCAUCAUUCUUCGUCUCUAAUCGAAUAUCACGGAGGAAGCAUCAAGGGAAGGGAGGGGUUCCGGAAGGAUCUUCAGAAAGAAAAAUUGUCACACAAAAAGAGAUCCUCGGUGGGCGUGGCGAGGCGGUCGUAGGCGGGCCUCGAUCGCCGCUGUCAGCGUGGUACCGGCGUCAUCGCGGUCACGUGACGCUACCUGACGCGAUCUGACGCGGCUGUCAUCGUUCGCCGCUCGAAACGAGUAACAGUUACGUCCACGUGACGACGCCGGCGUCAAUCCGGGACAGCCGCCGGAAGCGAGGCGAGCGCGAUCGGCGCGGCGAGGAUAUCCGCGGGAAAACGGAGUGGUGGUUACGCCUGAUCGUGCGAGCGUCGGCUCCCUUCCUCUCUCUCUCUCGCUGAUCGGUUAUGUGAAGCCAGUGUCGCGUCGACACGCGCUCCGAGCAGCGGCUAGCGGCGCGGCGACGAGCAUCACCACGAGGCGUCGAGGCGGCGGCGGUGGCGACGGCGACGAGGACGACGACGAGAACGGAGGAAGCGCGCCGGAGGAGGAGAGAGCAGCCGACACGGGCAGGGGAGGGAGAAAAAUCAAGAAGGAAGCAGCAAGUGUCACGAAGGGACCCUUGUCAGUGAGUGGUGGACCGUGGUGCAGAUCGCGGGGCAUCGCGCGCGUGUGACGGGGAUCAUCGAGCUCGCCACGCGAGACAGGAAGAACCGAGAGGAGGGGGAGUAGUGACAAGGAAGAAGCGCCGGGCAAGGCGUGGGCGGCGAGCGCGCGGGACUCGCGCGGCUCGAUACGGGCGCGCGCGCGAUUCGGCUCGUGCGAUCGGCCGCUUCCGAUCGCACGCCGCCACUAGCCGGCCGGCGCACCGCGAGAAGGGGCUGUGACCUUGCGGCCCGACCUUGGAAGUUGGCGCCACCGUCGGAGCGACCGCGGUGUCCAGGCGCGUCGUGAGCGCGCGCUGGGAACUCGCGACGCCAAAAUUUGCCGCGAGUGCUGAGGAAAGGAGGAGGGAACGCUCGAUCGGUCCGUGAUCGUCGCCGUCCGCCCGGCGUUCGUUUCUUCCGUUUCCCGGACACGAAGGACGCGAAAGGAUUGCCAGUGAUCGAGCCACCUGCCACGCCUGAUGGAAUGACUCAAUAUGCCGCCUAGAUCGUUGCUGGUGAUCUUCGUCGCGCUGUGCGCGACAUGCGGCCGCGCGGACUCCUACAACGAGAAAAGAGAAAUGGUGUAUGAUUUGAUGGAGGCAGCGGUGACGGAAGACCCAUAUUUUUACAUGGAUGCCGGCCUGGACGGAUUUCCAGCGUUUGGCUUUCGACCUGGCUCUGAAGUAAAGCAGCCCUACCGGAUAUACCUCCCGGAAAAGUUGCCGGCCGAGUUCACGCUGGUGGCUACAUUCAAGCCGACCUCCCUUAGAACGAGCUACCUCUUCGCCGUUCUUAAUCCCUUCGAAACCGUUGUCCAAUUGGGCAUUAGAAUCUCGGACGGACCGGGUUCGAACCAGAAUAUCUCGUUGGUCUAUACAAACUCGGACGACCAUUCGCAUUCCGAGGAGGUGGCGAAAUUUACCGUACCCAAGCUGACGAAGAAGUGGUCGAAGAUCGUCAUUAAGGUCUCUACGACCGACGUAACCUUCUACCUCAAUUGCCACGAGAUGGCCCGGCAAAGGGUCACCAGAAUCCCCCAGGAAUUAGUAUUCGACACCGCGAGCACGCUCUACAUCGCGCAAGCCGGACCGCACAUUCAGGAGCGAUACGACGGUCUGCUGCAAUCUUUGAAGCUAUACUCCGGCCAUCCACCGGACCUUGUAAAAUGCACUGCUGAUUUUGACGUAAGUACACUUUUUUCCUAUACAUAAUAUCUAGCGAAAGGUAAAGAAAACCUUAUUUAAAAACUUAUUUAAAAUACAGCUGUUACAUUGUUUAUUUUAUUAUACAAAUAUAGAAAAAUGAUAUCCAAUAAAAUAUUAAAAUAGAUAUCAUAUUUCUAUAUUAACAACAAAUAAAUGCGAAUAAUAUAUACGUAUAUUAUUCCUCGAGAUAAUUCUGGAAUUUACGUAAUUAUAUUUAUUUUUAUCGAUAAUACGUGUUUGAAUAUUUAUUAUAGCUUAAUUACAUGAUUUACAUUUACGGUUUCUCAAUUCAUUUAAAUUCUACUCUCUGUGAAACCUCCAAUAUUAUUCCAUUUUAUGAAAAUAAAUACAAUGUUUGUGAGAUUUCUCAUAAAAGUUUCCUUCGUUUACAGAAGCGAAAAUUUUACCUUUCAUAUUUAGAUAAUAUUUCAUUCAUCAAAUUAAAUGAGGAAGAUAGAUCUCAAUUUUAAAUUUUAUUAAAAUAAACUUGAGAGAAUAAUAAAAUAAGAUUUACUAUUCCAUUCAUUCCCUUUUUUAGUAAAACUCAAUUAACUUCUAAGAAUUUUGUCCUCUAAAGUUUUAAUUGUUUCAAAGUGUUUAAAGAAUUCGUAUAUUAAAAAUUAUUAUGUGAAUCAUUAUUAUUAUGUGAAUAAUGUGAGAUGCCGCACAUAAGCCUUCUUAAAAUGAAAUAAUGAUAUCGCAUACAUAAAGAGUAUAAAUUUAUAUUGUUCGUCGCAGACAAAUCUAACAGAAGGAAUCUAUCAGGAGUCCAUUGACACAAAUAGAGGCAUGCCAUGAUAUUUGAUCGAAGGGGUUGCGCAAGACUAUUUUGUCGCUCGAUUAUAAGCGCUUAUGUCCGUGAUUAUCGUACAGGAUAUCGUCCUCGACAAUUUUCGAGGUCUGGCCUCUCCGUAGCUCACCUGUGUUGGCCGGUGGGGUCGGUGGGUACCCCUUGCGGGCAGCAAUGUGCCACGAAUGGAUCGCGGUGAGUCAGCAACGAUAAAUCGAGCGAUUUAUGAAGCGGCACGGGCAACGACCACUCUCUCGAGGAAUAAUGCCUGGGAUCGAUCGACGUUGAGGCGGGUCGUCAAAAUUUUCAGGCGCCCAUCAGCCACGUUAAUUGUCUCGGAAGACAAGAAUCGGGAUGACCUUCAUACAUAGUAUGAAGAUUAAAUCAAUUCUCCCCAUCUCUUGUAACGUUGAAUUGUUUCGAGCAUGAAUGCGUCCUCGAAUAUCUCCCUUCCGAUCUACACGUACACACGCACAUUUUAAUUUGCUCAAUAAGACAAUGCGCGAACAAGCUCCGAUAAUAUCUGGGAUCAUUGAUUUUCUGUCACUGCUAAUUUCUGUCACUAUUAAUUUCUUAUGUCACGUUAGAUAUGAGAUAUAAUAUUCACAUUCAGUUUACUUAAAAACUUUUUAUAUUGAUUUUUAUAUACUAGAUCUUUUAAUUAAAAUUUCUGUCUAUGAAAACUAUUCUUCUUCAAUAAGUUUUUAUAUAUUAAGUGUGUGUGUGUGUGUGUGUGUGUGUGUGUGUGUGUAUUUUGGGGUGUAUAUUUCGCUUAAAGUAAAAUUAAUUUUUCCAAUUUUGUUACCUAUCAUUAUCGAAUCUGAGAAUCCUAGAAUUUAUAUUUACUUGACAAAAUAUUGUGCAAAUAAUUUGAAAAUCACAACCAGUUCUUAUCAGACACAUUUGCCAAAGCCCGUACACAUUAAUUACUCACAGUAUCUCUCACAAUUUCCUUGAUAAGUUUUAUCAGACGCGACUAAUUUAAUCGAUCACGCAAAAAGCUAUACGGCUAAUUAGUGUCACACUUUUUAUACCCAUUUUACGAUCUAGAUAUCCCGUCAUACCCAUUAGCUCUAUUGCAAGAUUACAUCAAAGCUCGUUACGGUAAAUUACGGUAUUAUUACGUGAGAAUGUGAUUUGUAAAUAAUACUUUUACGCAAGAAAUUACUAAGGAAAAUAAUGAACCAUACAUGUAACGUAUAAUAGAAGUCAUUAUUAUCGCAAAUUAUUGCAAACUGCUGAAAAACUGCAUGUAUAAAUCUUUACAUACAAAUCUUUUAAUUUUGAGUUUCAAGUAUCAAUCUUUUUUUUAGCUAGAAUUUAAUAUAAUUUUAUUUUCAUAUUUUGAGUUUUUAACGUGUUUAAGUAUAUUUUAUUAACUUAAAUAUCGCGUUCAAAUUCUGUUCAUGUAAAAUAAAUGUGAAAUUAGAUGAAAAAUACGAAUCUACUAUCUCUAGUGUCAUAUUUAUCCAAAAGUGUAAAAUUUGUAAAAUAAACUCACGAAAAAACCACAGCGUUUCAAACGGUAUAAAAAAGAAAGAUUUAAAAAGAAAAUUUCAAAUCCAUAAAAAUUCUUUUGUUUUUAUUUUCUUUUUUAUAAAUGUAAAACUUUGUAUAUGUAGUAUUUUAGCAUUGUGCAUAAGCAGCUUCCUCUAUAAAUUACAUCAAAAAUAGCCCAGUUUCGGUCGAGGAAAUUUCUGCAAGUUGUUACAUAAUCUUCUUAGGAAUUAUGCCAAGCUUUCGAUAGCACUACACUUUCAUUACAUUAUUACAUGUAAUAACAAAUUCUUAUCCUAACAAAUUUCUCCCUGAGUUUCCGCGAAUGUCCGCUAUCUUGUUCUCGUGCACCACUGACGUUACCGUAACCGUAAUUGUCCGCGCUCGAAUACCGGCGGUCUCGGGUUUACUUCGAUCUAAAUCCGAUCAUUCGUUCGUUCCUCGCUUUACGCUACGCGAAAUUACGAAAUUUAGAAAGCGGACUCGCCCCUGGAAUGUUCGUGCACGGAUGGAAAUUAAUUCGACGACGAGAUAAGAUUUAUCCAAACGGUGUUGCACGGCCGCAUUACGUUACAACGUUCUCACGGCCUCGGCUCAGGCAUAAAUUAAUCGAUCGAAUUUGGAGGAUUUCAUUAAGAUCCGAAACGGUCGACCGUUGCUUAGGUCACAGCAUCUAAGAUUUCAAGGGAAUGUACCAAGCUUACGUUAUUCAAGACGACGUUCUCUUCUUUCGUCAUCCGCUCGUACUUUUAUUGUGUUCAUUUCUUCGUUUCAUUACUUGAGAUGAUAAUCUCGUUAGACAUUGCAAUAUCGAGGAUGCGUACCGUAUUCGCGUUCGUGAUUAUCAUCUCUUUCCUCAUCUCUCGCGAUCCGUAUUGUUGAUAUUUCAAAAUUAACGUGCACAAGAACAUUUCGCAAUUCCAAAAACAAGUGCAAAAUACAACAGCAAACAUUUACUACCUCGACUAUACUUGGCGCGUAAUAUCUGUCGCAUUUUAAACUUUUUAUUCAGAAUAAUAUUCGACAGGUCAAACUUUUUAACUGGCAUUGUGCCGGAAUUAAGUUUGCUAUUUUGCUAUUUAUGCAAUUCUUCUCAUUAAAAUCGUAUAUAUCGGGAACCAAUUACGUUCUUGAUGAGUUAAUGCAAUUUUUGCAAUUAUCUUUGUAACCGGAUAAAUUUGUAAUCCACAGAUAAAACGAAUUUCAUCAAACAAAAACGCAUUAUUCUUUAAACAAUUUUCAAUAUCGCUGUAUUAGGAAUAUUGUGUCACAUAUAAAUAAACUGUAAAGCGAAGAGAGAGAACAAUUUGUUGUUGAGAGAAAAAGUGUUUAAAAAAAUACCGAUUAAAAAUCGAUUAGAAAGCAUCUACUUACAUUUAACAAUGCAUAUGAAUGUUAAAUGCAAACAGAAAGUAGAAAAUUAAAUUAACAGAUAAAAACGGGCAAACUAAAUUAUACGAUGAUACAGUGAUUCAUUGAUAGUCACGUGACUUGAUAUUAUUGUGACUAUACUACUCUCUCUCCGUGCUCUCUCAGAAAUCUAGAAUCGUGUCGGAAAUAUGCAUGUUAUCUGAAUUAUUAAUUCUUCCUGCGAUAACGAUGACAAAAUGCGAGCGAAUACUGCCAAGUAGCAGCUGUUUUGUAAGCAGAUUAUUUGCACGAAAUGUAAGUAGGAUAAGUUCUUCUUGCUUCGUGCUUUUACUUCAAGACAAAUGUUUUUGCUUCUGCCCUCCGCUAAGAGCAUCUGCCUCGCUUUUAUUUAUAUGACCUGUAAUGCAUAUACACGCGCGCGAUUGUUUCACAUUUCAUCCAGUCAUAAAUAAGCGCGCGACUGUUAACGGGAGCAGCGCGUAAAAAUGUCAUUUCUCCUCCAUCACGAUCGAGUUCGGGCGCGAAUCGGACGUGGAGCUCUAAAUAACGGAUCGAGCAUGCCGGCCUUGUACGGGACCGACAUGUGCGGGAGGUACAAUUUGUCUGCGCCGGCACACCGUCGGGGAAAAAAUAGUUUCCGAUUGAAUUUAACGCUCUACGCUGGCUGCGUACGCCGGCGCCGCUCCGCUCCGAUCCGCUCCGAUCCGAGCUGGAUACAUCAAAGCAGAGACCGAGAGGGCCGAUAAACCAUCAAGGACGCUGAGAGAGGGAAGACGAGAGCAAACCGUGAAGAGAAAAAAUGCGUAAUCGCGAAGGACAACGAAAACUACAUGAAGAGAAGAAGGAAAAGGGCCAGAUUCGAGGGAGGGACAAAAAUAGAAUAAAACGUGUAAAACGCAUUUCGCGUUUGAACUCGACGGUCAGUUAUGCGGCGUCGAUCGAUUAACCGGCGAUCGAUGGCGAUUGCACGCCUACCACGUUCCACCGAUGGCAAUGUAUCCCGUCGCGAGGCACUUCCCGUCCGACCGGCGUUCAAUCUUCAUUCGACUUCCGACGUUUUUCCGCUGACCCGUCUAAUCGGCUUACGGGCAAACAGCGCGCCGCUUGAAUGUAAUUUAUUGCGCUAAAUGAAUAAUCUCGCGGCCUUUCUCUCCCGCGGCAUGUUGGCAGACGUCCGUCGUUCGGCUCGCCGACAUCGGUCGCCCGAUUCGUUUAUCGCGAGCCUGUCGCGAAUGCUUCUCAACGCACGCAGAACAGGAAUUUCACCUGCAUUCGCAAAAGAUACAACGCGAGCGACGCGAAUAAUGCAAAGAAAAUUGCAGCGAAGUGAACGAAACGAGAACAAUUUAUCGUGAUAUUUUAUACACAUAUCGUCGAUGCGAACGUCUCAUUUUCCGCUUUAAACGCGAUAAACUCGUGUGUUCCGCUGGUAUAUACAUUUUAUCUCUCUUUUCAUUUCGUUUUUUUAUUCUUUUCUCUUUUGAGCCAAUGGUUUCAUUACGGAUAAGCCAGCCUUAGUCGUGUCCAAUUUAUACGCAUGGCCCUUAAGGGCUCGAUAUAUCCGCGAUAUGCAUCAUAAAUAUCCCCUCCUCCCGUUCUGUCGCUCCUCUCUUCAUUUUCCAAUCUCUCUUGCCACUCGUGUUAUACAGUAAUGUCAUUUUACAUGGUAACGGGAAGGAUACCCGUAUCCUCCAUUUUUGUUAUAUAUAACGACGAGUUAUCGAGAUACACUUAUAAUGAAGUAUCAAUAACAGUAUCAUUCUAGCUACACAAUGCAUAAUUAUCGUGUCGUCUGCAAACAAAUAGAAAACAGGAAAUAUAGAGCUUCGUUGUAUCCAUUAUCGAAGAUCCGCUUAUAAAAAGGUAUCAACGACUAAGAAUGUUGAAAGUACAUGUUUCCCAUGUCUUCAUUAUCCAGAAUAUCUUCAUUAUCCAGAAUAUCUCGUGGUAGAACGAAAAUUAUCCAUGGUAAAAACAUAUUAUUGCAUUUGCGAAGUACACAUUUUCUUCAUUUUCAUCGUAACGAGUUGUGAAGACACACGUAACGAAAUAAAUUGCCUAAAACGUAGUUUUAAGUACUGCAUAAUCGUAUUUUAUUAUUUAGAUAUUGCGCAACCAUCAUUGCAUAACCAUAAUCUAUGAAAAAACGACAUCCAUCUUUGAAAGGCACGUAACUUUCAUAUUAAAGAUAUUAAAAGAAAUUAAAAAAGAUAUUAAAUAUAUAAUAUGCUUCAUGAUAUUUUGAUAAAUAUUAAAUAUAAAAAUAAUUGACCUAAUAUUACUUAAUAUUCGAUUUGUUUUCCACUUUGUUUCAUUCUGCUUUAUCAUAACUCUCAAUUAUUCGGUCUUAUCGUUCCAGCACAGUUUUUUCGAAUUUAAGUGAAAAAAAGAUAACGCGUUUGUGUCAAAACUCCAAUUUGCAAUGCACCGUGACAAGUAUCUCUCUCUUUUUUUCAUAUCUGAUGGAUUCUUCCCACGCGGUGAAAUUUUAUCACGCACUUGUCACCACCAUCACGCAUCGCAAUGACAGGAUGACAGAAACAAAUAAAAGCGAAGCGAGGAGCGGCGCGUCGCUUUCGACUAAUCAAACUUUUUUCCCGUGUUUUUUAAUCGAAGUAUUUUCCACUUAUUUCUCGGGUUACACAUGCGCGGAGGAAAUGGGGGCUUUUAUUGCCGAUUUGACGUAGCGCGCAUAUUCGCGGCAGCCGUUUGGACUUUUACUACAAAGCCACGACGUUCUUAAAUUUCUUUUGAAAAUGGAGAUGAUUCAGUCGAAGUGAUGCCUGGAUAUCAACGUGCAAAUCGUAUUUGGUCAAUUUCACAGCGCCCGCACAAAGGAAGUGUUCUUGUACUGUACCGCAAUUUCGCGCACGAGCUUUGGAAUUCUUCCUUUCAGUGGACAUUAGAUUUCACACAAACGCGUGAUACACACAUUUCACCAUUCGCUCAAUACCGAUAAAAAAAAGAUACUUUGCUGGUACAUCUCGUAUUAAAAAAACCGAGAUUAUCCGGAUGAGAAGAAAUUGGAAGAAAUAUUAUUUUACAUAGUUAUGUAGAUAUAACCGAAGUAUAAUUUUAUGCAGUAAAUAGUAUCGCACUCUUCUUCCAUCGCAGUUAUUAAAAAUUUGAAAUAUUUUCAUUUUAUCAAAUUUAACGAUUUCUGUUCUCAGUUCAGAUAUAACUUCAAAA